UCUACACAAUUGGCACUGUUAUACUUCAAUUAGAUUUCUGGUUAAAUUAUUUUUUUUUUCUGAAGAUAUGAAUUCCAUAUAGGAAUAGCGGACGUCUUGGUUUCCUGCGAUCAGUGGAUCAGUAAAUACUUAUUGGGUGGUGGAUUGGGGAAGCAAACAAACAUUCUCUUCUGGGUUUUUGGUAGUGGAAGCCAUGGAAGUGGGUUUGCAAGCACAGGGACCAUUCAGUGGCAGAGCAGCUGUUUUGAACGACAGAACCCAUUACAAGAUAAAACCAUGUGUUGGGUCUCUCUCUUUUGGAAGAGUUACUCAAUCUUUACCGGUGUUCACUUCAUGGUGUAGCGAGGGCCCAGGAUGUAGGGUAUCGCUUAGAAUCACCGCUAGUGCAGAUUUUUCGAAGAAAAGGCAAAGAAGAGCGCCAAUUCCAAGGUCUAAAAGUCCUGCGACUCGUCCAAAGGGUUUCAGGCCUAAAACACAGGUAGGAAGAAGCAUGCAGAAGAGGGAUCAAAAAGAUAAUGGUGAUAUCGAUGAGGUUGUAAGUACUACUACAUCGAUUGAGCAUGUUGGACCUAACCAGAAAGCUGGCACUCCGGAAAAUCCAGAGAUUGAAUCUUUGCAGGAGAAGAAGCAUGAAGAUGAAAGAGUCGAUGGUUUUAAACUUACUGAGCAAAUACCACCAGUUAGCAAAAAAUUACCUGUUUCUAGAAGCACUCAAAAUGUGGAAAAUGGAAGUAUAAACAGAGUUUCUGAGACUGUGGGUGUUUUACAAAAAAAAGAAACCAUCUAUGGAAGUGAUAGGGGGAAUGCUGCGAAUGAAACUUCCUUGGAAGAAAAGUCUCUUGCUGCUGUUGAAAGUGAUGAUUUCCUAGAAGGGGAAACAACUGAGGUUGACGAAACCGAAGAUUACUCUCAUCCUCUAAAAUUAAAACUGGAGAUGGAAGAAAACAUGCGGAAACAGGAAAUUGAGAGGCUUGCUGAGGAGAACUUCUUAAGGGGGAUAAAAUGGUUUGUUUACCCUCAAGUGGUGAGACCCAAUCAACAUAUAGAAGUGUUCCUUAAUAGGAGUCUCUCUACUCUGAGAAAUGAGCCAGAUGUUCUAAUAAUGGGAGCUUCCAAUGAUUGGCGACGGAAAGCUUUUACCAUUAGAUUGAACAAGACCCAUCUAAAAGGGGACUGGUGGUCCUGUCAGCUUCACGUUCCCGAGGAAGCAUAUAAGAUAGACUUUGUGUUCUUCAAUGGGCAUGAUGUAUAUGACAAUAAUGACACAAAAAAUUUCUGCAUACCCGUGGAAGGUGGAAUGGAUGUGCUUGCCUUUGAGGAUUUCUUGCUUGAGGAGAAACACAGGGAACUAGAGAAUCUUGCCAAGGAGCAAGCUGAAAGGGAAAGACAAGCAGAAGAGCAGAAGCGAAGGGAAGCCGAGGAGGCUGUUGUUGAAGCGGAUAGAGCACAGGCAAAGGUAGAGAUUGAAAGGAGACGAGAAAUACUGCAAAAGUUGAUUCACAAUGCUGAAAGGUCUGUCACUAAUGUUUGGUACAUUGAACCUAGUGAGUUCCAAGGUGAGGACUUGGUCAGUAUAUACUAUAACAAACGCUCUGGUCCUCUUGCUGAUGCGAAUGAAAUUUGGCUUCAUGGUGGGUAUAAUAAUUGGAAAGAUGGAUUGUCCAUCAUUGAGAAGCUGGUAAGCUCUGAGGAAAAGGAUGGUGACUGGUGGUAUGUUAAAGUUGCUGUACCUGAUCGAGCCAUUGUCUUGGAUUGGGUCCUUGCUGAUGGACCACCACAGCAUGCCAUUGUUUAUGAUAAUAACAAUCGUCAAGACUUUCAUGCCGUUGUCCCUAAAAGCAUUCCCGACGAACUGUACUGGGUCGAGGAAGAGCGUCAGAUGUUUAGGAAACUUCAGAAGGAGAGAAAAUUGAGAGAGGAGGCUGCACGUGCCAAGGCUGAAAGAACAGCACUGAUGAAAGUUGAUACUAAGGACAGAACUUUGAAAAGGUUUCUGCUGUCCCAAAAAGAUAUUGUUUAUACUGAGCCUCUUCAUGUACAAGCUGGAAGCACUGCAACUAUUUUUUAUAAUCCGGCCAACACUAUUCUGAAUGGCAAACCUGAAGUUUGGUUCCGAUGUUCAUUUAAUCGUUGGACCCACCAUAAGGGACCACUGCCACCUCAGAAAAUGGUGGCUGCAGACAAUGGCUCACAUGUCAAGGCCAGUGUAAAGAUUCCCCUGGAUGCAUAUAUGAUGGACUUUGUAUUCUCGGAGAGGGAAGAUGGUGGACUUUUUGACAACAAAAAUGGCAUGGAUUACCACAUACCAGUGUUUGGAGGAGUUAUAAAGGAACCGCCAAUGCAUAUUGUGCAUGUCGCAGUUGAAAUGGCUCCGAUUGCUAAGGUUGGAGGCCUUGGUGAUGUUGUCACCAGUCUCUCCCGGGCUGUUCAAGAUUUAAACCACACUGUGCACAUAAUUCUUCCGAAGUAUGACUGUCUGAAGUUUAACAAUGUGAAGGACUUCCACUAUGAUAGAAGCUAUUCCUGGGGUGGGACUGAGAUAAAAGUCUGGUUGGGAAAAGUGGAAGGCCUCUCUGUUUACUUUUUGGAUCCUGCAAACAGAUUCUUUUCGACAGGUUGUAUAUAUGGAUGCAGAAAUGAUGGGGAGAGAUUUGGUUUCUUUUGUCAUGCUGCUCUUGAAUUUCUACUCCAAAGUGGACACCAUCCUGAUAUAAUCCAUUGCCAUGAUUGGUCUAGUGCUCCAGUUGCAUGGUUGUUUAAGGACCAUUAUAUGCAUUAUGGUCUUAGUAAUGCUCGGGUUGUCUUCACAAUUCAUAAUCUCGAGUUUGGGGCAAACAACAUUGGGAAAGCUAUGACAUAUGCAGACAAGAUCACAACGGUAUCUCACACUUACUCAAAGGAGGUAGCCGUAAAUCCUCUAGUUGCUCCUCAUCUCCAAAAAUUCCAUGGUAUAAUAAAUGGAAUUGAUCCAGAUAUUUGGGACCCAUACGAUGAUAAGUUCAUUCCAAUAUCAUAUACUUCCGAAAACAUUGAUGAAGGCAAAAAGGCUGCCAAGGAAGCUUUGCAGGAAAGGCUUGGUUUGAGAAAAAUUGAUCUCCCUUUAGUAGGAAUCAUUACACGCUUAACUCAUCAGAAAGGAAUCCAUCUUAUUAAGCAUGCCAUUGGGCAAACUUUGGAUAGUGGUGGACAGGUUGUAUUGCUUGGUUCAGCUCCAGAUCCUCGUAUCCAAAAUGAUUUUGUGAAUUUGGCCAAUCAUCUGCAUUCUUCCCACGCUGACCGUGCUCGUCUUUGUUUGACUUAUGAUGAACCACUUUCACACUUGAUAUAUGCAGGAGCUGAUUUUAUAUUAGUCCCUUCAAUUUUUGAGCCAUGUGGACUGACCCAACUUGUAGCAAUGAGAUAUGGUUCGAUUCCUGUUGUUCGAAAAACUGGAGGACUUUACGACACGGUAUUUGAUGUUGACCAUGAUAAAGAGAGAGCAGAAGCACAAGGUAUUGAACCAAACGGGUUUAAUUUUGAUGGAGUUGAUGCAGGUGGAGUUGAUUAUGCACUUAAUAGGGCUAUCACUGCUUGGUACAACAGUCGGGAUUGGUUUAACUCAUUAUGCAAGAGGGUGAUGGAGCAAGACUGGUCUUGGAACCGGCCUGCUCUGGACUACAUGGAGCUUUACCACGCAACGCACAAGUGAAAAACAACCAUUAGUGCAACGAGUUUUAGACUACUCGAUCUGGUACCACUUUCUGUACAGGUUCCUUGGUUUCAUUUUUGUGAUUAAGCAGCCUAGUCACUUGACUAGUUAACCCAUUUUUGCUUUGCUUUUGCAUAGUAAGAAUAGGUCAGCCAUGAAAUAAUGCAUGUAUAUUUUAACAAGCAACAAUUUUCUUUUAUCUCUGUGAAUUCUCAAUAAAAAGCUUUAUCAAGUUCUAUCAAGAUGCGGGUUGCAACACUUUCUUAA